UUUCUCUCUCUCAUAAUUUGUUGCUCACUCCUUCUCUCACUCUCAAAACACACACUUCUAUAACACACACAUACACACAGUGACUGAGACAAGAAUCACACACAUUCCUCUUCUCAGAAGCAACACAUCUUUCAUUCACAUUUACAUUUACAUACAAAAUCAGGCUGUUAUAUGAAGUUUUUUGUUGAGAAGAUGAGAAAUUUUUAAGGCCCACAAAAAAAAGUUUCAAACUUGGUUUAGUUUGAUAAUUUUAGAAGUGGGAUUAGAUAACUGCAUUCGGGUGGUUUCGAAUUUGGUUAGUUGUUAGAAGGUUAAAUAAGAUUAGUUUUACUUUUGAUGUCUGGAGCUCCAGGGGUUAAGUCUAUGAAUGUGACAGAAUCAGAAGCAAGAUCGAUUCUUGGGCUUACGGGAAAUAAGUCUCUUAGUCCAGUAAGUAGAAGAAAACCUGUGUCAAAAGCGUCGAAAAAGAUUGAGAUGUCACCAGAAGAGGGGAUGAUAGGGGGGAAAGAUAGAGGGGUUGCAGUAUCAUCGCCUCCUUUUAGUUCUAGGGGCGUUCCUUCGAUAUUGCGUAGACAGGUUUCACUUAAUGCGUCAUGUUCUUCGGAUGCAUCUACUGAUUCAUUUCAAAGUCGGGCGUCUACUGGUAGGAUUUAUAGAACAGGUAGUUAUACUAGAGGUAGGAGGCAGUUGGCUUCAAAACCAAAACCGGUCGUUAUUGAUAGUGCUUCGGAAGCUUCACCUGAUGAUUUACAUUCCAAGAAAAGGUGUUCUUGGGUAACAUCAAGUUCAGAUCAAUCCUAUGCCAUUUUCCAUGAUGAAGAAUGGGGGGUUCCUGUACAUGAUGACAAAAAAUUAUUUGAGCUUCUUGUGCUUUCGGGGGCGUUAUCGGAACUUACAUGGCCUGCUAUCCUCAACAAACGACAUCUUUUUAGGGAAGUUUUUGCUGAUUUUGAUCCUAUAGUUGUCGGGAAAUUCAAUGAGAAGAAACUAGUAGGUCCCGGGAAUGCUGCAAGCUCUUUGCUUUCAGAGCUUAAACUGCGGGCCAUAGUCGAAAAUGCUCGCCAAAUAUCUAAGGUCAUAGAUGAAUAUGGAUCAUUCGACAAAUACAUCUGGAGCUUUGUGAACCAUAAACCCAUCGUUAGUAGAUUUCGAUACCCCCGACAGAUCCCUGUGAAAACCCCUAAAGCCGACGUGAUUAGCAAAGACCUCAUAAGGAGAGGGUUUCGUUGUGUGGGUCCCACGGUCAUCUAUUCAUUCAUGCAGGUGGCGGGUAUAACUAAUGACCAUCUUUGUAGUUGUUUUAGAUUUCAGGAAUGCAUGUUGAUUGCAGAAUUAGAGGAAGUUGGGUCAGCCAAAGUUAAAGAAAGUGAACAGAAAACCGAUGAAGGAAUUGAAUCUUGCAUAUGCAAUGCAAUUGAGGACUUGAAUUUCUCUUCCGGGUAACAUUUAGUUAUGCUACAUUUGAGAUAGUUAUGUAUGAUUAUCGAUAAACACUCAUAUUUGUAGAUGUAUGAUUAUCGCAACUGAAUUUCUACAAAAAUGACUGUUGAUUAUGGUAACAAGUUUGUAUAGCGGGAAAUAUUAGGAACCAA